AUGCCCACAGAACUGGAAGAGCUCGUCGGCUUCAUCGCCCAUCCCAGUCCUCAGAUUCGUCUGACGGCCACGGAGAACCUAGUGCCAUACUCAACGGCAGAGCCGGCAAUAUUCAAGACACAAGACAUGAAACCCAUUAAAAACUUGAAACUCUUGAUUCGGGACUACCCUAAAAUUGCCGAACAAGUCUUGACCAUACUCAUUAACCUAUCAGGGGACCCCGAAGUCGCGGAAGACUUGGUCAAUGAUGAAAAAUUCAUCGGCGUGAUACUGGACCACAUAGUCGUACGUCUUGUCCAACCCAAGUCCACGUCACCUCCCACGACCUCGGAGUCGUCUAAUCGUUCCCGUCUACAGGGCCAAGAGGAGCCCAAUGCCAACUUACUGGCCAUGCUCCUGGCAAAUCUAUCAAAGCUAGAUGGUUUCAAGUCCGUCUUGGGAAGGAAACAAAGCGCACCCGAGGCCCUCGGCUCCGACGACUCCGUCAUGAACCAGCUCAUGGACCUCUUCGUCAAGGGCCAAGACGGCGCAUACAACAAGAAAGCAGACUUUGACUACCUCGCCUACGUAUUUGCCGAUUUGUCCAAGCAUGAGCAGGUACGAAAGCAUUUUCUCACGGAGCAGGAAUACGACGGGGUUAUUCCUCUCGCCAAGAUCAGAGUCUUCACAGAGCAUAAAUCGGACGUCAGGAGGAAAGGCGUAGCGAGUACUAUCAAAAACGUCGCUUUCAAUGUCGACUCUCAUUCUAAGUUUCUAGACGAAGAGGGCAUUAAUAUCCUGCCCUAUGUGUUGCUCCCCAUCACCGGAAACGAGGAGUAUGAGGUGGAGGAUACGAUGGAGAUGCUGCCGGAUCUGCAGCUGUUGCCGCCGGAUAAGCAGCGAGACUCGGAUAAGAAUAAUAUCCAGACGCACGUUGAGACCUUGACGCUGUUGACGACGACAAGGGAAGGCCGAGACCUGCUGAGGAAAGUGAGGGUGUAUCCAAUUAUUAGGGAGACACAUUUGCGAGUGGACGAUGAAGGUGUCAGAGAAGCUUGCGAACGGCUGGUGCAGGUCUUGAUGAGAGAUGAGGACGUGGAAGGACAAGACAUCGAGGACGGGAGAGAGGGUGGUGCGAGUAGCAGGAUACAUGAGAUCGAUGAGGAUGAUGAGGUUGUCGAAAUGUAG